CGGGAAAAGGCGCAAGAAAAUAUCAGACAAAAACCGAUUAUUAUUCUGGGUCCAUUUUUUCAAAGGUUUAUUAAAAACGCAACCGUUUUGUCAAAAGCGAUAAUGAGAAAACUUCUUCGACGACUCUGGGUUUCUCGGGAAACAAGUACUCAGAGAGAGAGAGAUAUUUCGAGAAAAGAAGAAACACUCCUCCGAUCCAUACGAAAUAAGAUAAAGGGGAAACCAAACCCUAAAUCGAGCUUCUCCUUAUCGGAAAUGUCGCACUUCCACCACUUUUGACUCCUCCGUUCAUCGGCGGCGAUCUGAAUCACCGUCAAUCUGAUUUCGUUUCUGUGAAGGUAUACGCAUUUGAUUUCUACUACUGAGAGCUGAUUUGAGUUCUUUUUUAAAAAUCAUUAGCUAAGUUAGUUUCAGAGCUCUUCUUCGAAUAUCUGGAAGAGAGACGAGUUUAGGUCGAUCGAUUUUGAAAAUGGUAUAGAGCUUCGUUUAUUUGUGAGAACGACCAAGCUUUUUCUAUUGUGAUGUUAUGGUAUAAUGAUAUGCAUAGAAUUCUACGUGAACCAGGAAUGGAUCAAUAUGGGAUUCCAGUAGAGAGAAAAGAGAUGAAGCAUAAGGGGAGAAAUGUUAUAUGGUCUGUUGGAAUGGAUAAGUGUUUGAUUGAAGCUUUGGCUGUCCAGGCCAAAAACGGGAACAAAGUUGACAAAUGUUUUAACGAUAAGGCUUACACUGCUGCUUGUGUUGCGGUUAAUACUCGUUUCAAUCUUAACUUGACUAGCCAGAAAGCCAUCAAUCGCCUCAAGACGAUCAAGAAAAGGUACAGAGUUAUGAGAGACAUACUUAGCCGGGAUGGAUUCUGGUGGAACUCGAGCACAAAAAUGAUCGAUUGCGAAAGUGAUGAGCUCUGGAGAAGAUAUAUUGCUGUAAACCCAGACGCAAAAGCAUUUAGGGGAAAGCAAAUUGAGAUGUACGAAGAACUUAGAACAGUAUGCGGUGACUAUCAAACUCCAGGUAAAUAUAACAAAGUGAAGAAGGAAAGCAGUCAUCAUCUUAAUGACGUAAAACAAUUUGAAGAAGACUCUGUUUCCUUCCCUUUAGGAAGUUCUGAAGAACAUAGCGAUACAGAUGGAACAGAGUCAUACGCAGGAGCAAGUGAGUAUAUGCAUGAAGAGUCUCAAGAUCUUCCUCCUCCUCGAGAUCCUUUAAGACGACCUUCUAAACGUUCUCGAAACUCGGAUCCUUGUCAAGAAGCAAUGUUAGUGGUUGCUUCUAGCAUUCGCCGCCUAGCUGAUGCAGUGGUUCAAAGCAAAACUUUGAUUAACACAGAGGAAUUGUUGAAAGCAGUGAUGGAGAUUGAUGAAUUGGAAGAAGCAAAACAGAUGUAUGCGUUUGAGUAUCUGAAUGGUGAUCCAGUCAAAGCUAGAGCUUUCAUGGCUUAUAAUAAUAGGAUGAGGAAGAUGUUUUUGUUUCGACAGUUUUGGUGGUGGAAGUAAAAAAAUUGAUUUGCUGCUAUGGCUAAAAGAAUCCUCCUCUUCUUUUGGGGUAAUGUAGAGUCUUGUUAAUGUUAAAAGCUGGAAAUAUUUGUUGAGGCCAAUUUGAUUUUGUUGUGAAUUCAUUUGGUCUAAUUUUAAACCACAUGAUAUAGUUUAUAACAGACAUUAUACAGGUCAUAUACUUCACUUUAUCUUUGCACAAUUUUUUGGACUAACGAAAGCAACCUGCUAAUGCCAUCACUGCAGCUUCAAUGAAU